AUGGCGGGAAAUGAUUGGAUAAACAGCUACCUGGAGGCGAUUCUCGAUGUCGGACCGGGCAUCGAUGAAGUGAAGUCGUCUCUGCUGCUGAGGGAGAGGGGGAGGUUCAGCCCUACCAGAUACUUCGUCGAGGAGGUGAUCACGGGGUUCGAUGAGACCGAUCUCCACCGCUCCUGGGUCAGAGCGCAAGCGACGCGCAGUCCGCAGGAGAGGAACACGAGGCUGGAGAACAUGUGCUGGAGGAUUUGGAAUUUGGCUCGGCAGAAAAAGCAGCUUGAGGGAGAGGAGGCCCAGAGGAAUGCUAAACGCCGUCUUGAACGUGAAAGAGGUCGCAGAGAAGCAGUUGCUGAUAUGUCUGAAGACCUAUCAGAGGGGGAGAAAGGAGAUGUAGUUGGUGACCUUUCAGCUCACGGUGAAAGCAAUAAAGGCCGCUUGCCUAGAAUUAGUUCAGUUGAUACUAUGGAGGCCUGGGCAAGUCAACAGAAGGGGAAAAAGUUGUAUAUCAUAUUGAUAAGCCUUCAUGGUCUGAUACGUGGCGAAAACAUGGAGCUUGGCCGCGACUCUGAUACUGGUGGCCAGGUGAAGUAUGUUGUUGAACUGGCAAGGGCUUUAGGUUCUAUGCCUGGUGUGUAUCGUGUUGAUUUGCUUACUAGACAAGUAUCAUCACCAGAAGUAGACUGGAGCUAUGGUGAACCCACAGAGAUGCUGCCCCCACCAGAUUCAGAAGGCUUGAUGGAUGAGAUGGGAGAGAGUAGUGGCGCUUAUAUAAUUCGCAUUCCCUUUGGGCCAAAAGAUAAAUAUAUUCCAAAAGAACUAUUAUGGCCACACAUCCCUGAAUUUGUUGAUGGUGCUCUUAACCACAUUUUACAGAUGUCAAAGGUUCUUGGUGAGCAAAUUGGUAAUGGACAUCCAGUCUGGCCUGUUGCUAUCCAUGGGCAUUAUGCUGAUGCAGGUGACUCUGCUGCUCUUUUAUCUGGUGCUCUGAAUGUUCCAAUGCUUUUCACUGGUCAUUCCCUGGGUCGUGAUAAGCUGGAGCAACUUUUGAGACAAGGCAGACUGUCACGGGAUGAGAUCAAUUCUACUUACAAAAUAAUGAGAAGAAUAGAGGCAGAAGAGUUAUCCCUGGAUGCCUCUGAAAUAGUAAUUACUAGCACAAGACAGGAGAUAGAGGAGCAGUGGCGUUUGUAUGAUGGUUUUGAUCCAAUACUAGAGCGUAAACUACGUGCUAGAAUUAAGCGUAAUGUGAGCUGUUAUGGAAGGUUCAUGCCUCGCAUGGUUGUAAUUCCACCUGGAAUGGAAUUUCACCACAUAAUUCCACAUGAUGGAGAUAUGGAUGGUGAAACAGAAGCAAAUGAAGAUGGCAAGUCACCAGAUCCACCUAUAUGGACAGAGAUAAUGCGCUUCUUUUCCAAUCCUAGGAAGCCUAUGAUUCUUGCACUUGCCAGGCCAGAUCCGAAGAAAAACCUAACAACCUUGGUCAAAGCAUUUGGCGAAUGUCGGCCACUAAGGGAGCUUGCUAAUCUUACCUUAAUAAUGGGUAACCGAGAUAAUAUUGAUGAAAUGUCGGGCACAAAUGCUUCUGUUCUUCUAUCAAUUCUUAAGUUGAUCGAUAAGUAUGACCUCUAUGGUCAAGUGGCAUAUCCUAAACAUCACAAGCAAUCUGAUGUUCCCGACAUCUAUCGUCUAGCAGCAAAGACCAAGGGCGUUUUUAUAAAUCCAGCUUUUAUUGAGCCUUUCGGACUUACACUGAUUGAGGCUGCAGCACAUGGUUUGCCGAUUGUUGCCACAAAAAAUGGUGGCCCUGUUGACAUACACAGGGUACUGGACAAUGGUCUCCUUGUUGAUCCCCAUGAUCAGCAAUCUAUUGCUGAUGCUCUUCUGAAGCUGGUUGCUGACAAGCAUCUCUGGGCAAAAUGUAGAGCAAAUGGACUGAAAAAUAUUCACCUUUUUUCAUGGCCAGAACACUGUAAAACUUAUCUUUCUAAAAUAGCAAGUUGCAAGCCGAGGCAGCCUCGCUGGUUGAGGAAUGAUGAUGAUGAUGAAAAUUCAGAAUCAGAUUCACCAAGUGAUUCCUUGAGGGACAUACAGGAUAUAUCUUUGAACUUAAAGUUCUCCUUUGAUGGAGAUAAGAACGAGAGCCGAGAAAAUGCCUAUGGUUCCGUAGACUCUGAAGAUCGGAAAAGUAAGCUAGAAAAUGCUGUGUUGACAUGGUCUAAGGGUGUUGCAAAGAGUGCACAGAAAUCUGGAUCUACUACUGAUAAAGGAGACCAGAACUCUAGUGCUGGUAAGUUCCCAGCAUUGAGGAGGAGGAAACACAUUUUUGUGAUUGCUGUGGACUGUGAUGCAAGUUCUGGUCUUUCUGAAACUGUUAAAAAGAUCUUUGAGGCCUUUGAGAAUGAAAGGACUGAAGGCUCAGUUGGAUUUAUCUUGGCAACAUCCUUCAACAUUACAGAAAUACGUUCUUUCCUGAUUUCUGAAGGAUUAAGUGCUACUGACUUUGAUGCAUUCAUUUGCAAUAGUGGUGGUGAUCUUUAUUAUUCAUCUCUUCAUUCAGAAGAUAACCAAUUUGUCGUGGACUUAUAUUAUCAUUCGCAUAUUGAGUACCGGUGGGGUGGUGAAGGAUUGAGGAAGACUUUAGUUCGAUGGGCAGCUUCUACAACAGAUAAAAAGGGAGAAAAAGAGGAACACAUUGUUGUGGAAGAUGAAGAGACUUCGGCUGACUAUUGCUAUUCAUUUAAAGUUCAGAAGCCUGGAGUGAUCCCCCCUGUAAAGGAAGUAAGAAAGCUGAUGAGAAUUCAGGCACUACGUUGUCAUGUUGUCUAUUGUCAAAAUGGAAGCAAGAUUAACGUAAUUCCAGUCCUGGCAUCUCGUUCCCAAGCUCUCAGGUAUUUAUAUCUCCGAUGGGGUAUGGACUUAUCGAAAGUGGUCGUUUUUGUUGGCGAAAGUGGAGACACAGACUACGAAGGACUGCUUGGCGGUGUUCAUAAGUCUGUAGUGUUGACUGGAGUUUGCAGCAGUGCAAGUAGCCAACUCCAUGCUAAUCGAAGCUACCCACUUUCUGAUGUCAUUUAUUCUGACAGUCCUAAUAUUGUCCGAACCUCUGAAGAAUGCAGCAGCUCCGAUCUCCGAGUCUUGUUGGAGGAUCAAGGGGUACUCAAGGGCUAAAUGUCUUCACUAAAAGAGAGCCCAUAUACAUGUUUGAGUUAGAAUAAUUCGACUACUGCACUACACUCUGUAAACACUGCAGUUUGGCUCCUGAAAGCUUUGUUGUUGAAAUAUUUGAAAUAAAUAUAGAUCCAUUCUUUGUUUUGCACUUGGGAGGAAAUGGAAACAAAAAGAGUUGCAUGCCCAAUAAUUGUGUACAGAUGUAAAUUUUGCUUUCCUGAAAGAGAGCUUUGUGCUUCGUCUGUACCUUAUUUUGUUUUCUUGUGACCUCUCGUUCCCAUUUAGAGUGUAAAUAAACUGUGUCGAUUUGAAGAAAUUUUAUUUAA